AUGGCGAGAACGAAGGGCAUCACUCUGCGAGUACGCAAACAGGCCGACCCAACGGAUGCAGCUCCGGCCGAAUCCGAGGCAUCGACAGCCGCAGCCGCAGCCCCGGCUCCUUCCGCCCGCCCGGACGAUCCAUCCCAAGAUGGCCCAGCCGAGGAAGAGAUGAAGACAGCAGAAUCAUCGUCGACGCCCUCCCUGUCUCGGUCGCGAAGCUCGCGGCUAUCUCGCACCCGGUCGCACGAGGAAGCCUUUGAGGCAUCCGCAUCCACACCAACACGGGCAACACCGGCGCGCCGUUCUCGUCGACAGCCGACCAAACAGGAGCAGCAUGACGAGGAUGUGGUGAUGGGCUCGCCGCAGCAGGAGGGUGGCGACCUCGGGGACGGCGACGAGGCGGAUGCCCACCAACCCGAUGCCGAGGCUGCAACCACACAGCGCAGCCGUUCCUCCCGCGCCAGAGCCAAGAACUCUACCACGCCCGUUCCGCAAAGUCCAUCCGCAUCACGUUCCAAGCGUAGCCCGAGGAAGGCGCCUAGAAUCUCUGUCGUUGGCAGGAAAGGCUCGGCGCGCUCGCGGAACGCUGCCGCUGAGGACGAUGACGGCGCCGUUCCAUCCGAGCAGCCUGACGAACAGACGGAGCAGGAAGGCGUGGCGGACGAGUACGCAGACGGCAGCAAUGAAGCAGAAGGCGAAGACGACGACGCAGACCCCGAUGCGGAUGCGGAUGGCGACGUGGAUGCCGACGCAGAUGCAGAUGCCGAUGGCGACGACGCAGACGCAGACGGCAAUGACGAUGAGGAGGGUGUCGACGAGGACGGCCACAAGACGGUCACCAUCAAAGGCAAGACGUACCGUCUGGAGGCAGAUGGCGAGGAAGUCAUUCUUCCCUCGGACCCAGACGGCGACAAGAAGAUCGAUGACAAGGGUCGACUGCAGGGCGGACGACAGUACAAAGCCCACCACUUCACGUCUGACCUCCGGCCUGAUCCAGAGAAGGUGUACAUGCUGUCGAUCGAUGCUGCUCGCUCGGCAGGCUAUCGAGACUCGCUCUACUUUUUCCGUCGCAAUCCGCAAGUAUUCAAGAUCGAGCUGCUGCAAGCAGAGAAGGACAAGCUUAUCGAGGAUGGUCGUCUGAGCGGCCAACUCAAGACGCGCAACGUCACGAUGGUGCCCGCGCGCAACGUGUACAAGCUGCACGGCGCGCGCUUCCUCAGCGGGGGUAAAACAGUGAUCGACGACUACUACGAGGCCGAGGCGCGUGCGUCGGGCGUCAAAGAAGGCAAGACUGUGGGUGGAAUGUCGACCGAAGAGCAAGAGAAGCGACGUGAGGCCGAGCGCGAGCGCGAACGCCCCAAGAAGAAGGCAGACACGUUCAGCUACACGACAAUCGACCCGCAGGGCGAGCCCGUGGUGACGCAGUUCGGCGAUGCGGGGCAGACGCCCUGGGUCAGGGCGGGCAACUGGCAGUCGCGCAAGGUGGCGCUGCAGCGCGUCGACAUCACCGAGGAGAACUGGAUGCUCGAGAUGGCCAGGAGCGUGCGCGGCAUGAACACGGAACUCGGCGAAACGCGCCGUGACCGCAUGUCGGCUUUCCCGCGCUUGAAUCGCUAUGUCGGGCUGGACGGAGUCGCCGGGCCGGAAGAGGCUACGGACGAGGUGGCCGAUGGCGACGCGGAGCCUGAGGACGAUCCCGAGGCGUUCAAUGAUCUACCUCCGUGGGAGCGAGAGCUCAUCGUGGCGAGUUCAGGCACCGAUGCAGAGGAGGAGAACAAGAAGCGCAAGGCCAUCGCGCAGAGCGAUGCCGAGACCAAGCGUCGCCGUGGCCCGCCGAUCGGCGUCUACGAGCCCAACACGCAUCUGCCGCACUUUAGCGUCCUCACUCAGCCCAGCCGUGCCUCGAUGGUCAAGAUCGCUCAGCGCCCGGCCUUUAUCAACGAUCCUGGACGCGAGCGAGGCGUUCGCCGCCCGAUCUUGGGUGGAGACAAGCUUGGAUCGGGUGCGUGGGGGCUGGCGAGCUUUGUGGUCGAAAGCGUGCCUCCCGCCGACCCGCCGGCGUACCUGGCGAUGCCAGCGGCAGCCAGCGAGGCGGCUAUCCAUCUUGCUCCCAUGUGA